AUGCCACCAUCUCUUGGCUCGAGCAUGAUUGAUCAGGGUUCUUUGGCGGUUGUUGCCUUGUCGCGCCUUCUCGGCUGGCUAUACACACUUGCAUGGUCGCUGUCGUUCUAUCCGCAAGUGAUCCACAACCACACAGCGCGCUCUACGCGCGGUCUCUCAUCGGACUUUGUUGCACUCAACGCCGUUGGGCAUGCAUCCUACCUGGCCUACAACACUUUACUACUCUACUAUGCUCCCGUUCGUAAGGCGUAUCGUCAUACACAUGGUGGUCGGGAUAAUGUGGUGCAGUUCAACGACUUUGCAUUCUCACUCCACGCCACCCUACUUGCCCUCAUCACCCUUGCCCAAUACCUCCGAUACCGUAAAAACGACCAGGAAGUUUCAAGACCCGUCAGACUAGGCCUCGCAGGUGCACUUACAGCUGGCGUCUUUCUGGCAGGUGCAAAACGCCUCAAGCUCGUCAACUGGUUGCAUAUCGUCAACGCCUUCUCGAGCUUAAAGCUGGCAGUAACUCUGACCAAGUACAUUCCGCAGCUCAAGUUGAACAGAGAUAGAAGGAGUACACAGGGCUUUGCCAUCGAGAAUGUUUUGCUCGAUCUGGCAGGUGGAAGUCUUAGUCUGGCUCAACUCGUCCUAGAUGCGGUAGUGAUGCAGGGAAGUUGGUCGGGCGUCGCUGGGGAUUGGGGUAAACUCGGACUCGGUUUACUCAGUUGCGCGUUUGAUGCGGCGCUCAUGUACCAGCAUUACAUCCUCUAUCCCCAACACGAGUCCGAUUCGCAGGAACCGUCGGAAACGGAUCCCCUCCUCCCAUCUUCAUCGCGCUAG